AUGAAUAAUGAAGAUCAUCAUCAUCAUCAUCAUCAUCAUCAUUAUCAUCAUCAUCAUCAUCAUCAUGAGCAGCAGCAUCAGCAUCAGCAACAGCAACAGCACCAACAGUAUGAGGAUGAUAUAAUACAUAGUGAUAAUACAACAUUAAUGGAAUCAAAUGGGAUAAUUAGAUUAUGCAAUAUUAAUCCAAUGAGAUUAUCCGCUUUAUUUUCAUUAGUCAAUGGAAGUGAUAUUUAUACUUAUUUAAUUGAAAAAUAUGGUAAAAUUGACAUGGUCAAUUUAUUAAAUGAUACAUAUUUAACACCAGAACAAAUUAAACAUAUGGCUCAUCCAUUAUCUACAACAUUGAAAAGUUGUCAAUAUGGUGAUGAUCAAUGUACAAUUAAUGAUUUUAUCUCAAUAUUUACAACACAUGGAUGGUGUUAUCAAUUUCAUUUGAAUUUUUCCAGAAAUGCUGAAUUGAAAUUAAUAUUGGAUCCACAAGAAUAUGAUUACAUAAUACCAAAUAAAGGUUAUGUUGGAUUUUAUUUAACUGUACAAAACCAAAAUUGUUCACCUAGGCAACAAUUCAAUAUGGAUGAUAAUAAUGAUCAAUCUAUUAUUGUUGGACCAAAGUUUCAUUCGUAUAUUAGUAUACAACAACAAUAUUUUGUCAAAAGUGGAAAUCAUUUUGGAACAAAGAUUAAAGAUAUUUGCCCAGCAUAUAAUAUACAAUCAGUUGUACAACUAGAAAAGCUUCCAAUCCAAAUACAUUUAUUACAGAAAUUCAAUACAAAUUUAUUCAAACGAAACGGUACUGUAGUUCAAUAUGGUAUACUCUAUCAACAGAAAGCAUUAUUACAAAUUUAUAAUCGUACAGCAUAUGAUUUAAUUAAAAAUUUAUCUAAAGAGUUAUAUCAAGCUAAAUUAUUAACAAAAUUUACUAUUCAAUCUAUUUGGAACUUAUACAAGUACUUGAAAUAUUUCAAUCCAAUCAAAUCUAUUCAUAAUACAAUGAAUCAUAAUCAUCAUUGUUAUACUAAAGUAUAUCAAUUAUUCACUUCAAUUAGUAAAGAUAUUUUAUCAAAGAAUACUUUAUCAAUUAUGGAUCCAGAUCAAGAUCAACAUCAAGAUCAAGAUCAUGAUGACGAUGAUCAUCAACAUUAUCCUCAUGAAGAAAAUCAAUAUUUUAUAUAUAAUCAUACAUUAGAUCAUAUUGAAUUACAAUUAAUUAAUAGUUUUUUUGAAACAAAAGUAAUUGUAUCACCAAGUUCUUCAUUAUUACGUAAGAUAUUAACAGUGGUUAUGAAAUUUCGUUAUCUUCUAUCAAAUUCUAGUAAUUUAUCAUCUACAUAUAUAUCUAAUAAGUAUAGAUCAUCUAUGCUCAAUCUCAAUUCAUUAAUGGAUAAUACUACUCAAUUUAGAUCACAAUUUCAUAUUAUGAAUUGUAGUCAUUUAAUUCCCUAUUAUAAUGAACAAAUGAAUAAAUGUGGUGAAACAGCUAGUGGUGCAUUAACAAGAUUAGAUUAUGUUAAUUUACAAUUACAUAAUUUAAUUAAAAAUAAUCAUUUUAUACGUUUAAUACAUCUGAAACAUUCUUAUCCUUAUACAGAAUUAUCUAUAUCAAGUAUGGUCAGUUUGAGUAUCAGAUUGUCUAAAUUCAAUGUUCCAACAUUUCAUGAAAGUUCAACAAUCCAUAUAGAUGUUUACUUCAAAAGUGGCAGAUAACCACUGAAGAUAAUAAUGGACUUGUAAUUACCAUCUCAAUAGUCUAAAUAUCAGGAGC